AUGUCAGGAGAAUCACAACUAAUUUCAACGUCAUUCAAUGAAAAUACAGCUGUCUUAAACAUGUCGUCACAAACAAUCUUUCGGCAUGUACCAUUCUCAAUUGAAUUUUCUGCACCACCACUUUGGUUAUCACAAAAUUCUAUUAGACCAGAAGAUAUUUUAUAUGCAGGACUAAGGAUGAGAGUACUAAAAGUAAGAACUACUGAUGAAGUCAAAGAAUGUACUAUUUGUUCUAAAGGAAGAAAAGUUAUUGAGGUUGGUGUUUCAAGCAAUCAAAAAUUCCUUGAAGGAAAAAUUGUUAAUGGAAGACAAGUAUUUACAUUUGAUAAGUGUAGGUCGAAUUGCUCUAGUUCAAGAAAUCAUCACAAAGACCAAUUAUUUUUAUCUUUAGAUCUUAAUAAUACAUUAUCUAUUUCAUCACAACCAUUUUCUAUUCGUUCACGAGUCCUCACACCAAAAAGUAAAGACAGAAAUGAAAAACCAAUUUCAAAGAAAGUAGACCAAAAGGUAUUAGUUGUUUGUGUCGAAGGAGAACAGUUAAAUUUAAUUGAACAGAUUAAAAAUGCACUUUUCAACGAACCAGCAGAGUCAUGUAAAGCUGUUAUAAAGAAAUAUAGUGAUGUAGCUAUGAUUUACAUUCAUGUGAAUGAGGACAUUGCUGAAUCAAUUCAAACUAAGAUAAAUGAAAUAACAAACUCUAUUCCAGAAGCAGAAAAACAAUCUGCGUUUGUGAUGUCUUCAUUACAGUAA